AGAACCAAAAGCAAAAUGAGGCCUAAGAGCAAUGUCACAGAAUUCAUCCUCCUUGGACUUUCCUAUGACCAAAACAUCCAGAUAUUUUGCUUUCUCUUCUUCUUAUUCUGUUAUAUCAGUCUUCUCACAGGAAACCUUGUCAUCCUCAUCUCUAUCUGUUGCAGUCAUCUUUUCCACCAACCAAUGUAUUAUUUCCUCGGUCACUUGUCUUCUAUGGAUAUCUACUACACGUCCAGUGUUACACCAAAACUAAUUGGAGAUCUUUUAACUGAAAGAAAAAUCAUCUCCUAUGAUUACUGUAUGUUCCAAGUCUUCAGUGUGCACUUCUUUGGCUCUAUCGAGGUCUUCAUCCUGACUGCAAUGGCCUUUGACCGCUAUGUUGCCAUCUGUAAACCUCUCCACUACAUGGUCAUCAUGAGCAGAAAGAAAUGCAACCUUCUCAUUUUAGUGGCUUGGGUUGGUGGGGCUGCUCACUCCAUUCCCCAGUUGUCCAUGACUCUGAAGUUACCCUUCUGUGGCCCCAGUGAAAUUGAUCACUAUUUCUGUGACAUUUUCCCCUUACUGAAAAUUGCCUGUACAGAUACCUACACCACUGGUCUUCUUGUUGUCAUCAAUUCAGGGAUAAUUGUCUUGGUAAUCUUUGUGAUCUUGUUUGUUUCUUAUGCCAUUAUACUAUGGACCCUACGAACACAUUCAGUUGAAGGGCGGUGGAAAGCUCUCUCCACCUGUGGGUCUCACUUCACAGUUGUUGUCUUGUUUUUCAUACCUGCAAUUUUUUCCUACCUUCGACCUCCCACCACCUAUACAGAGGAUAAAGUGUUUGCUCUAUUUUAUACCAUCAUUGCUCCUAUGUUCAACCCAAUAAUCUACACUCUGAGGAAUACUGAGAUGAAAAAUGCCAUGAGAAAGGUAUGGUGUCAAAAUAUCUGGGGGAAAGUAAAUCUAAAUGAGUUGUAUUAA